AUGUACUCCCUCGGUGUUGUUCUGCUGGUCUGCGCGUACUUCUCCGUGGCGCGGGCUCUGCCGCCUUGCGUUUGCACGCGCGAGCGGAGGCCGGUUUGCGGCUCCGACGGAAGGACUUACAACAACCGAUGCCUGCUGGACUGCGCGAGGUCUACGGACCCCAGCAUUAGAAUGGUGAGCGGCGGUAGCUGCGAGACUAGGGCGCCGGCGAACUGCAUUUGCACGUUCGAGUUCAACCCCGUGUGCGGCACGGACGGCGAGACGUACCCGAACCAGUGCAGCUUGAGCUGUCGCCAAGCCCAGCAGCCGGGGCUGGCCGUGAGGAACAAGGGGCCGUGCGGGACUGGCCGCCAGAUGGAUAGCUGCGUGUGCACCCGCCUGCUGAGACCGGUCUGCGGCACCGACGGCGUCACCUACCCCAACCCGUGCAUGCUGAACUGCGCGCGCGAAUCCAACCCGGACCUUCAAGUACUGCGCGCGGAGCCCUGCGACGAGCUGAAGUCGGAGACCCCCAAGAAGCAGUUGUGCGCCUGCGCGAGGAAUCUCGAACCCGUAUGCGCCUCAAACGGUGUCACCUACAGCAACAGGUGCAUGAUGAAAUGCGCGGGAAACCAGCUGACCAUAAAGAGCUUCGGAUCCUGCGAUGAAUCC